CAACCCCAGCCCCAACCCAAACCCCAAAUUCCCCCAUCCCAAAUCCCAAAUGCCUCCUGUCCAGUGGUGUGGUGCUCUCUCUCCUCCCUCCCGCUAGCUCGCGCCUGACCAGCCGCCUCGCCUCCGCAUUGCCACUCCGCUGCCGGCGCCUUAUCCUCCCUCCCCCUUUCUUGGUGAGAAAAGGCUCCCGCCCUCGCCGAUUCUUGGCCGUCUCUUCCGGAGAUCUUUUGCCCCGCUGUUUCUGGGUUUUCUUUAGAGGAAGGAGGGGAGGCCGGGUCGCGUGGCGAAUCCCAGGUAAUCCUGUGGUGUAUUUGCGGGACAGGAGAAUUUUCAGCCAAGAUUUGGUUGGGUCCUGGUCUUGUGCGCGUGACCUGGGAUUUGAUUCGGUUGGAGAUCCUAUUGAGCUCUGGAGAUGAGGAGGCGCCUGUGCUUUUGCCUUGUGCUGAGGAACUAGAGCCAGGUUGCAGGCAGGACUUCCAAUGGAUAAGCAAAAGAAUCACAAGAAUGCAGAAAUGGGGAAUGAUGUGUUCCGCAGAAUAAUUCUUAAUCAGGUUGGCAGGGACAUCGGUUUGGAGGAGGAGAACGUGCCUUGCAAUACCCCGAGAAACUCCGUUCAUUCGCGGUUUGGUGGCUCAUCUGCCAAAUUUGCUGCUUCCACCAGUGGAAGUACCGGUGCUGAGUUGGUCAGCCCAGGCGAGUAUGUCAGAGAUCCUGGAUCCAUAUUGAGCUUGCAGCCUUGGAUUUUCAAGAGGAGCAGCACGAAGAACAAUGAGGAAAUGGUGGUUCCAAGUGGUAGCAGGUCAGUUGGUAGAGGCAAGAAUCUGGUGGAUGGCUUUCGAGAUGGUUCGACUACUGAGGUUUCCACAAGAAGCCCUGGUCUUGGUUCUGGGCCUGGAAGAGGUCGAGGUGCUCUUAGGAGCAGACGAGCCCAGAGGCAUUUUAUUAAUCCACUCGUCGCAACAGAGAACUCAUACAUUCCACAACUUUACAAUGAGAAAUUCGAGUUUGAAGAAUGCACAUUUGCUCCAGUUCCAUCCCCAGCUUCUGCUAGGCCAUUCAUUGUAACAGAUGGGAGAAGAAUCAUUAGUAAAUCACGCUAUGAACCAGUGCCUGUACCCUUUGGUAUUGGGUUCGACAAGGAAGAAUCUCGAAAUGGCUCAAAAGUGCCAGAAAGUGUUGUUGGGAUUGCUCCGCUACCUGAGCUGAAUAAAUCCAAAAGGGGAUCCCAAACAGAAAGAUAUAGUAAACCAUCAAAACCAGCAGGUUUACUUGAACGAAUGCUCAUGUUCUCCAGUGGGGUUGGCAUUGGUAUUUUAUCUUCCUCUCUAUCAAGCAAAAAAGAUCUUGAUUCGUUGAACGGCACACUGAAGCGAAUGGAGAACUUGGUUCAGGAUUUGCAAGAUGAGCUGGAGAUGAAAGAGGGGUUAACUGUGAAGGAAUUGCCUAAUGAAACAUCUGGUGAACUAGAUGAUGGCAAUAUCAAAGCUCACACCCCUGAUUCAAUAUCAAUGAGCAAAAUUGAAGCAGAACUUGAAGCCGAGCUUGCGAGGCUGGAGUUAAAUAUCACUUCAAACCACUUGGAAGAAGAACCGUUUGACUUGAUUGAGAUCGAUCAGGAGUUCAUUGGAGAUAUUGUUCAGGGGGAACUGAAGAGCGACAUGAUUCGUUGUGACAUUGCUGAUUACAGCAGUGAUAGUGACCAUGGCAGGGACAGCAGACAAAGCUCCCCAGAUUACACACAUGAGACAAACUAUCCUGUCUCACCUAGAGAUCUCAAUCUCCGUCUCCACAAGGUGAUCCAGCAUAGGCUGGAAGAGCGAAUCAAGGAGCUUGAGACAGCACUAGCUCAGAGCCAGAAGCAGGCGCAACUGCACAUGAUGGCAAGAGAGCGAGUCUUCUCCGAACAGACGUGCUUAAACAGUGAUUCAGGUUCUUCUUCCAACCAGGAUAGUCCAUUGUUUAUACAAGAAACUAGCUCCUCCGCCGAACCUUUCUGUCUAAAUCUAUCUGGAGACGCACUAGAAGCCUACGAUGAAGCCUAUGAAGAAUUCAUGAGAAUUGCUGACUCCCCUUGCACCACAAGUACAAACGGGAGGCCUCAGGUAAAUGAAGAUUACUCAGUGGACCGCAGCUUGAUCUGGGGCUUGGAAGAUGAGAGCGCUACGGAGCUGAAAGAGGACAGCACUUGGGAGCAGGCUGUGAAGAGCGGGGACCCUAACAGAGCUCAAGAGAGCGAUGGAGACGAGUCGGGCGACGAGGAUGACCACGAUAGUGAAAUGCUCAUCCAACAGAUUGUAGAGAGAACUAAGCAAGGCUCACCUGUACUCAUACAUGCUCAAAGAAUGUUGUUUUCUGUGGAUGAUUAGGUUGCAGGACUAUAUUGUAUACCAUUGAAAUUUUGAUAUAGCAUGUAGUGUUGACUGAUUACUCAGGGAAAAAGAAGAAGCAAAAUAUUAGUUUGGUGAAAUUUUCUGGUUAUAUAAUUCUUUUUUACGUGUGACCAGUCA